GUCUUCGCGUGCUACGAGGUUGAUGGGGUUCUGAGGUGCCCCUUGCUCUACAUGGCACCACUCGUCAACGAUGAGACCGACGACUUCUCCGCGACUAGUCAUCAAGCCUUCUUGGCUACGAUGCUAGCGCGCGACUAUCAGAAGCGCCUGGACCAGAUUCUCUUCCUGGUGGGAGAUAAUUGCGGCGUCAACCGCCGCCUCGGUACGCUGAUGGGCGUCCCGCUUGUCGGGUGUGCAAGCCACCGACUCAACCGAGCCGUCGCCGCCCGGCUGAGCGAAUGCGCUGAAGAUGUCGACAUGGUACAGGCGCUGAUGGUAAAGCUGGGGACCCUCCACCAUUCUGCAAAACUCCGG